AUGGAGCCCGCGCGAGGAUUAGGUAAAAAGGCAUCAGAAAAAGCACAACGCAAAAAAACGGAGAAUUCAAACGGAGCCCCCAACGCGAGGAACAUACCCGCGAACUCAACAAAGGCUAAAUCCCGGGCCCGAAACGCGAUAAAAAAAGCCGCUUUGCAGUCGGCAGUGCCCGUUCGGAUAACCGAGCGCUCGAAACAGGCAGGGGGCUGUAAAAGCCACCGGGCGCCGGACUUGCUUGCCGCACGGCUCCCGGGUCAUGGAACCAACUCCGGGAGCCGGUCAACACAACGCGCGCGUGGGAGCGCACAGAGGUGA